UGAAUUAGCCUAUAUGUUCAGAUUAAUCUCUUCGGUCGGCGUUUAAAUUUGGAUUUCCACGAGGAUUAGGCGUGUAAGACAAACUAGAUGGGUAAGGUUACGAAUCUGGCCAAUUUACGCUUGGAUUAAUCUCCUAAUAGGCUAUCUGGUAUAGCUAUCAUCCCCCCGCAUCCGCUUGUGAGCUGCGAGCAAAAGGCAAACAAGCAAUUACGAUGCGAGGUUGAUUUAGAGACGAAAUGGGUGCCUAUUCCACAAUGAGGAUUCACUUUGAUUCAAGGUUAGUUUAGACGUUUUUUCCCCCCUUUAUCGCUCGUUUUCAUUGGCCAUGAUUUUGCUGCGGAGGCUCGUCCAGUUGCUGGUGGUGCUGCUGAUCCACGGCGGGAGGUGGCGGGUCGCGCCGAGCCCCACCGACGAGGGAGCGCUCCGGACCGGCCACGGAGAGCACGGAGAGCCGGGACACAAGGAGCCUCACAAGGACUCGUACAGCACCUUCGCCUCCGAGUUCCUGGAGUCCAGAUAUCUGUCAGAUGACGGUUAUCCAUUCCCCACUGCUCCACCAGUGGAUCCCUUUGCUAAAAUCAAAGUCAGCGACUGUGGAAUAACCAAGGGCUGCAUCAGGUAUGGGAAACCAGGAUGUGAUGCAGAGACAUGCGACUACUUCUUGAGUUAUCGUCGCAUCGGGACAGAUGUGGAGUAUGAGAUGAGUGCCGACACUGAUGGCUGGGUGGCUGUGGGUUUCUCCUCUGACAAGAAGAUGGGGGGAGACGAUGUUAUGGGCUGCGUCCAUGAUGAUAACGGACGUGUGCGGAUCCACCACUUCUACAAUGUCGGCCAGUGGGCCAAGGAGAUCAAGAGGAACCCGGCUAGGGACGAGGAGGGCAUUUUUGAGAACAACCGGGUCACCUGCCGCUUCAAGCGCCCGUUAUACGUCCCCAGAGAGGAAACACUUGUGGACUUACACCUGUCAUGGUAUUACCUGUUUGCCUGGGGACCGGCCAUACAAGGUUCCAUCACGAGGCACGACAUUGACGCCCCCCCAGUCAGCGACCACAUGAUCAGCAUUUAUAAAUAUGAAGACAUCUUCAUGCCUUCCACAGCCUACCAGACCUUCAACUCCCCCUUCUGCUUACUGCUUAUUGUAGCCCUCACCUUCUACCUGCUGAUGGGAACACCCUAACAAGGCAAGAGAAGAGCGAAGAACAAGCAAUAAAAUAAUUUGAUGCCACACCCUCAGUCAAGUGUGCGCUGUACACAGAGAGAAAGAUGCUGCGUUAGAUAUAUUAAACAAUACAGAGGGCACAUAUUCAUAGUACUGAUCUCUUAUGGAGGAUCCUGACAAACGACUGAGCAUAUAUCGUAGUGUUAUCAUGAAAACCUAACUUUAACGUUCAAACAUAAGGUCUGAUAAAUGAGUAGUAUCUAGUAUAACAUAGGCCAAUGAUUUUCAGUAUUUAUAACAGCAUUAUACAAGUAUUAGCUAGGAAAAUAUGAGCACUACACAAAUGCUGAUAAGUGACUCUCACAGCUCUUUAAAAUGCCGCAUGCGCUGGGAAAUCAAUACGGUGAACAAUAAAGACCCCGAUGAUGUGAAAAACUGA